GCAGCUGGUAUUCCGACCGGAAGUUAGCUCACGAAAGGAAAGCUUCCGCUUCACAUUAGCUGAGUCUGACUAGCUUCUGAGGGAAGUCAAGUGAAGGGAUAUGGCGUCCACAGCGGCGGCGAAACAGGCGGCAGCCGAGCAGGUCGUGGCCGGAUUCAAUCGUCUGCGCCAAGAGCAGAGAGGCUUGGCCUCCAAGGCUGCCGAGCUGGAGAUGGAGCUGAACGAGCACACGUUGGUUAUCGAUACCCUGAAGGAUGUGGAUCAGAGCAGAAAGUGUUACCGCAUGGUGGGCGGUGUGCUGGUGGAACGCACCGUGAAGGAAGUCCUUCCCGCUUUGGAGAACAACAAGGAGCAGAUUAACAAAAUCAUUGAAACCCUAAGCACACAGCUGCAGGCAAAGGGGAGAGAGCUGAACGAAUAUCGCGAGAAGCACAACAUUCGCCUCAUGGGGGAAGACGAGUCGAAGCAGCCCCCCAAGGAUAACGGGGAUGGUUCUGGUGCCAAGCCAAGCUCUGCGGGCGUCCUGGUGUCUUGAUGCCAAGAACCCGCAUAAGCUUGCACUGAUGCCCCAGUUGCCCCCUCAGUGCUUGGAGCAAAUCUUUUUUGUCCCUGGACUUUAAGCUCACUCGGUAGGUUUAGUAAGUUUGCCACACAGAGCACUCCCAGCCAGAUUCAGGCAGGUGGCCUGUUGACAAAAAGCGAUAAUUUUUUUUUAUUUAAAACCAUUUAUUUUCUCAAUUUCACUGCAUGAAAAUAUCGUGGAUCUCGGCUCCAGCCUGUAGUAGCCUUUUUAAUGGUUUCUGUCACCUUAAGAGUGGUAAUAGGAUUAAUGAAGAUCACUCAGACUGAUCUGUGCGUACUCGUUAGUAAAUACCAUUUAAAUGGAGGUUUCUGACGGACUAGAAGUGUAUUCCUCUUCCAUUAAAUUAUUCUUAUGGACUUACCAUCCAUUGUGGAUUGAUUCUCAUCCCUCCCGGGGACCUGAGUCGGGAUUGACGCACUGUUUGGGGCAAUUCUCCCCCGCAAUAUUUUAUUUUUUUUGUUCAAUAAACUUUCUUUCUCCA